UGAGUUUAAUGGCCCUAUUUUUGUUCAUUAAUAAUUAUAUACUAAAGAGUAGGUUCUCAUUAAAAGGCCCGUAAAUGCCUGCUCAUAAAAAAGAGACCUCUGAUUUUGUUCUCUAUGCAAUCCUAGUUAUUGUACUGAGGCAAGUCAUCAAACUCUUUAGUAGUCUAAACCUUUAAUUUGGUGUCAGAACAGUAGUCAUAUAUUGAAUACCCAAAUUACUAUGUCUUUAACAAGUAAUGCAAACACUCUGUAUUAAAAAGGUAAUGACCAUAACUUUUCUCGUAGAAUUUCUUGUGCUAAUUUUUUAAAGAGGACUUUUGAACUAAAUUUCCCGUGAAGGCCAAAAUCUCAUACUUUUAAUGAUAGUGGAGUAUAUAUGUAUGUGUAGAGAGGAAGGAGUGGUAAUUUUUGUAGUGGUAUUUUUAAGUGGACAGUUUACUAAUUAUGUUGAGGUAAACACUUUACAACUCUAAAAGGAAAACUUCAAUUAUCUGAAUGAAAUGAGGUACAUGAAAUUAAUUCAGAUGAGUGGGGGAAUCCUUAGUGUAAAUGAUGCAUGUCAAGGAAUGUGACCGCAAUCUUGAUAUAUAUAUAUAUAUUUUUUUCCUAUAUAUCUGUCAGCUGCUUUUACAGCUGUGUGAUUCUUUUUGGUCAUGCUGGGACUCAUUGAUGGGAGGAGGUAAAGUUUGCUUAAAAAUUUUUUUUUCCUUUGCUGCAGAGGGAAUCCAGAAUGUGGUAUUCUGUGACAAGCAUAAUUGCUCAUCUCUCGCCAUACUGCCUGCCCUUUUAGGUGGUAUACCACAGCCUUCCAUUUUGUCACCUUCCUGUCAAAUGUGUGUGGGGACUCCUUGAGAAUACAGGUUGAGAUUAAAGUCACACUCCUCUGUCCAAUCUCAAGAUGUUUGUACUUCCUAAAAGUUGUUACAAGUUAUAAGGGUGAUUGAGCUGGAUAAACGUUGAUUCCUUCCCUGUCCCCCUUAGAGUUUAAUAUUAAGCAGCAUAACCCCUGAUCUUUACAGAUCCUAACUCGAAAUGAAAAUUUUACUGAUUGAUUAGGGUUCAGGAAAGUUUUAGGAAAAUGAUUUCUGUUGCCAUUUACUAAGGUUUGCAGCGUUCUUGGGCUUCUGGCAUCCGAAAGCUAUUGUGUAAUCUGUAGAUAGCCUGUGUAGUUAUAAUGACAUUUUCCUCUAGGCUUUUUUUUGUUUUGUUUUUAAACAGAGACAAGCUUAUCUCAGCCACAGAGAUGUGUGCUGUCUGUCACCUCUGUGACACUGAUGAUAAAAAUCCGUUCAAGAAUUUAGAUGUGACAUCUGCAGCAGGUUCAGAUCUCUCAGCUAUAAGACAAACUGGAUACUUCGUACAGAUUUUCAUCUAUAAUGCACAGAGCCAAAAUCCGUUACUGAAAUUGUCUGGACCAACUCUGGUACAGUGGAAGAGGGGACUACACAAAUGCAUGAAUUCCACGAGGUACCUCUGCAUUAGCCAGAUUGGACAUAUGUAAAGAGGGUCAUCAGUAUAGCUGGAUCAUCAGUAUCUGUGAAGGUUUGAAAGAGCCAAUGAGUAUUCUCAUCAUCGAGGCAUUCUAUGGAGGGUCUCAUAAACAGCUGGUGGAUCUGCUCCAAGAAGAGUUAGAAGACUGUGUCCUUUAUACCCUUCCUGCAAAGAAAUGGCAUUGGAGAGCACGGACAUCGGCCUUAUACUUCUCUCAGAAUAUUCCCAUCAGUGAGCAGUACAGGAUCCUCUUUGCAAGCUCAGUGCUUAACCUGACUGAACUGGCUGCCCUUCGGCCUGACCUUGGGAAAUUGAAAAAAAUUCUGUACUUCCACGAGAACCAAUUGGUAUAUCCUGUCAAGAAAUGUCAGGAGAGGGAUUUCCAGUAUGGAUACAACCAAAUUCUUUCAUGCCUGGUGGCUGAUGUGGUGGUAUUCAACUCGGUUUUUAAUAUGGAGUCAUUUCUCACUUCUAUUGGAAAAUUUAUGAAGCUGAUUCCUGAUCACAGACCCAAGGAUCUGGAAAGCAUCAUCAGACCCAAGUGCCAAGUUAUUUACUUUCCCAUCAGGUUUCCUGAUGUGAGCAGAUUCAUGCCUAAGCACAAAACAGCCCAUUUACAGAAGAUGCUCAGCGUUAAAGGAAACGAUAGUGCUGCUCCAUCCAUAGCCCUUCCCAAGCAGAGAAGUUCUGAGAAUUUAUGGAAGAAUUUUGAUUCAGAGUCUGGACCUUGUCAUGCUGCACAACAAGAAAACCUGGGUGGCUCAUUAAUGCAAGAGUCAUACUUCAAAACAUGCAACUCAUCAGAUAAUUCAACCUCUCAUCACGGGGAAAACAAACAAAAUCCGUGUGACAUUUUGAGUGGCAUUGAUCAGCAAAGAGCGUUGCACAUUGUCUGGCCUCACAGGUGGGAGCAUGAUAAAGAUCCAGAGAGUUUUUUUAAGGCGGUAGUGCGUCUUAAGGACUUAGGACUCAAUUUCCACGUAUCUGUCCUUGGAGAAAGCUUCACAGAUGUCCCAGAUAUAUUUUCAGAGUCCAAAAAGACAUUGGGAUCGUCUGUCUUACACUGGGGCUACUUACCCAGCAAAGAUGACUAUUUCCAAGUACUGUGCAUGGCUGAUGUUGUCAUCUCAACAGCUAAGCAUGAAUUCUUUGGAGUGGCAAUGUUGGAAGCUGUGUAUUGUGGUUGUUACCCACUUUGUCCCAAAGAUUUGGUUUAUCCCGAAAUAUUUCCAGCUGAAUAUCUGUAUUCUACACCUGAACAGCUUUCAAAAAGGCUCCAGAAUUUCUGCAAAAGACCAGAUAUUGUAAGAAAACAUCUCUAUAAGGGUGAAAUGGCUCCUUUUUCUUGGGCAGCCCUACAUGGUAAAUUCAGGUCUCUGCUUACAACAGAACCUGGGGAAGAUUUGUGACAGAUGGGGCUAAGUCACAAACUUGCAGCCUAAGGCAGAAUCUGUAGAACUUUCCAGAGUGUGCCCAUAUUUACCUGAUCAGAGAGAAAAGAAAAUCUGCAGAGGAAGCCGAGCCUGGCUGCUUGUCAUAGCUGACACAGAGCCAUCUGCCACAAACCUGUGGCGGCUUCAGAUCUCCAAUCCCUGCCACCACCCCAACUCAAAUUAAAUACAGAUUCCUAGAGACGUUAUGAUGGUUACACAUGUCCUCGGCAUCACAUGGAGGAGACUGUUCAAAAAAAAUAUGUGGCCUGUUGUAUAACCGCACUCAUGUAUCCCAUAUGUGGUGCCACAUUGAAUUUCCGGUUGAAUCCGUUUUUAUCCUUUGUACUGGAUGACAUGGUGCCUGAAUUCUUUCUUUUCGCCGACACGAUAGCAGCCAAACUGCAGCUUCAAACGCUCACACUUGGCUGGAUUUCUACCUAGGUUGCCAGGUUAUCAUUGGAACCUUCUUGUGUCCUCAAAGGGCCACAGGGUCUGAAAGGAGGGUCGGAAUGCUACUGGACUAAUUGGGCAGCCAUCUCAGAAUUGUUUGUGAGCAAAGGGCUGCUUUAGCACUUUUAGCAAAUUAAUGACUCUCUGGCACAGGAGUUUUUAAGUGAAGGUAUUAAUAAGGGGUCUGGCAGGUAUUUCCAUGAUUCACAGAGUUACAUUUGCAUUUAAUUUAUCUUAAAGAAAGUUGCAAGAUAAAUAGCUGUAAUUCAGACAAACAUGGGAAAUACACUAAGUGGGGCCAUCUUGCUCAUAAAAUGAACACUGAGACACUUGUUUUAAUUUUCUUUCCAAGGGUAAAAAUAGAGAAAUCAAAAUACUUCUAACAAAACCAGUAAUUUUGAUAUAAAUAUUCCUCAAAAAUAUUUGCAUCCAGCUACAAAUAUAACCUUUCCAAGAUAAAUGACUUAUGAUUCCAAUAGUCAAGCUGCUGUAUUUGUUGAUGUAAAGAUGUUUUGAAUGGCUAGAUUAUAAAAUAAAUUUUUAAUAAAGUGCCCACUGCAAGUUUUAAUUAACAUAUCUCAUUUACGUGUAAGUGUGUACAUCUAUCAGUAUGUUUCUCACUGAACACUUUCCUUGUGUCGGAGACAACGAAUACAAUUGUUUCUUUUCUGGAUGAACAAAUAUCUGUUUUGCAAAUGUUUGUCAGAUAUUAUGACAUUUCCAAGAUUUUUCUUUGCAUUCUGGAAAGCAGGAGGUAAACAUUUGUAGUCAUUAAGGUAAAGUCUGUUGAUAAACCAUCUUCUGUUUACUGACAGGUAAAUUCUAACUUUCCUAGCUUUUGAAAUGAAUAACUUCUAUACACUGCGGAGUGAGGAGCAGCCAGGGAGAGGAGACUAGACAAGGGCCAAGCCCGGCUCUCUGGCUUCUAGAAGGAUUGAGUGGUCCAGCAGGCAUCUGAGAUAAAGCAGGCAAAGGUUCAGAAGUCCAGUAGGGCCCAUUUGACAGGUGGCAAUAUUGUAAGCAGGAAAUAGAUCAAGGUCAGGGAGGCAGAUAGAGCCUUCAGGAUAGAAGCAGUCUUCCAGAUCAAAGAAAGCAGGAGUUCAGGGUCCAUGAGGCCUGGGAAUUUAAAAGCAGGAAGAGUAAGAAGCAGAAACAACAAGCUUUAUCUUUGCACAGAGAGUUGUCUCCCUAACCAGCGUGAGAUCCAUGAUGUAUGAUGGACAUCACGGCACUGGCUUCAACUCCUAGCUUGUGGGGAAGUCACUCAACAAAUUACCUCCUCACUCAUAAAACAAAAGGCUCCGGAAUUAUUCCAGAAGUCCCUUCAGGUCUGAGACUAUGGAACUCGGAAUCUAUGAGGUGUGAUCCUUUUGAGUGCAAAAGUUAAGAUAUUUAAAAAUGCAUGACUUUCUUAGACACUUCUCCUGGGCAGAGUUUGAGAUGAAUGAGAUGAACUAGACUAGUAAAUUUGCUUCUGUCAGAAAGGUGCCAUGUCAUAGAUGACAUCUUCUCAAAAUAAAAUUAUAACCUCACAGCCGAGAAACAGUUCUUAGUUUACUGUGUUUUACUACGCUGAAAAUAAUGGGCUCACAUUUUACAGUGGAUAAGAUAUAUGCACAACUGUCCAUAUAUGUUUUCUCACUAAUUGAUGGGGAAAAACCAUUAACUACGUUUCAGAUCGUACAUCCAAAACAUUUAAAUAUUUUCCUGAUUUUGGCAAAUAUAAUAUUGAAAAUUACUUGUAUGUGGAGUUUUUUUUUCCUAUACCCAUAAACUCAAAUUUUGUCUUAGCUGUGCCCAGCAUUCCUUCUGGAAUAAAAAUUUACAUUAAAGUAGCCACUUCUUAAAACUAUGCUGUCAAAUUUGGUAGUAAUGCAAAUAAGCAAUAAAACGUUUUAUAAAUGCGUAAUUCUUAACAUUUGAAAAGAUAACCAUAUCUGCAUGUGUGUGUGUGCGCGCUUCUCAACACCCAUGAUAUGGUGGAAUGGAGCGUUAUUAGGUAAAUUAACCCAUGUUUUGUUGAAGUCAGAGGAUAACGGAGAAUAAAAGUUGACUCUUUAAUUCCUGUUUCCCUUACUUGCACCAAAGCAAUCAAACA